UGACAGUUGUCGAUUUUGUAGUAGCCUAACUUAUAAUUUUCAUGAUAUCGUGAAACCUCAUUUGUUUCUAGAGGUAGCCUAGUUUAUAUUUCUGGGUGUUACAGAUGUUUGAGCAGGCUUUAGAGCACGCGACCACAACACAUCUCAACACACCUGGCUUUAAUUGAUUUUAGGCUAAUAAAUAAUUCGCUCGCUUGUUAUUUUUCUUCUCCCACAAAAUGGCGACCCUUAUAAAACAUACAAAAUUCGCCUCUUUAUUCGUGGUUUUGCUAUCUGUGUGCGAUCUUCUCUCGGCUGAAACGGUGCGUGUAGGGACUCGGGAAAGCGUCGGACUAGAAAUAGACUGCAGAGAAGUCGAAGUGAGAAUAACCGUGAAGCGACAGUUUUUCGAGGAGAGACGUAUCCCGUUCAGACCUGAGUAUCUUAGACUUGGAACACAGCAGCGGCCCUGCGGACCAAAGGGACCAAUGUCUGAUUCUGAAAUGGUCAUCUCUGCAGGGCUGCAAGAAUGUGGGACUGAGUCCAGUGUUCAUGGUGAGUGGCUUGUGUACGCCAACCAGCUGGUACUAUUUCCUGCUGUGGUUCUCACCUCCACAGGCAGUGUGAUAGUUAGGGGGGCAACUAUUGAAAUACCUGUUGAGUGCCGUUAUAAGAGAAAGCAGACAGUGAGUGGAGAACCAUUAACCCCAACCUGGCAACCAAUGACAUCUACAAUCAGUGUCUUUGGCCUUCUGCACUUUUCCCUUCGUACCAUGGCAGGUGACUGUACCUCUCUACGUAGUUCCUCAGUGUAUCAGCAGGGGGAAGCAGUGUUUUUAGAGGCCAGUGUGGAAGCCCCUCUGCACCCUCCUCUUACUCUAUAUGUCGACUCCUGUGUGGCUACGUUGACGCCUGACCCGCUCUCCUUGCCAAGCUACAAGUUUAUCACUAAGCAUGGGUGUCUAAUGGACAGUGUAUUGCCGGGGUCUCUAUCUAAAUUCCUCCCUAGGGAGCAAGAUAACAGACAGUGCUUCAGUGUCCGAGCUUUCCACUUCAACUCGGAGUCUUUGGGACAGAUGUUCAUCAGCUGCCACCUCAGGGCCACUGUGAAACAAAACUCACAUCGCCACCUUGAUAAAGCCUGCUAUUUCCAUCCCCCCACAUUCAGCUGGCGUGCCACAGAGGGAGACAGUGCUGUGUGUGAAUGCUGUGACUUUGGCUGCUUUAGACAGGCUGAAGAGGAGAAAAGUGGCCACACUGGUCACACAACCCAACCAGAUACAGAAAAGAAAUACGAGAUGGACACAACAGUUGGGCCAAUUCACACGCUUCCACGCUCCUAUUGGACAGGCCGUCUAUCAGUCAGUCACUAAAGAGCCUUUUUCUAACUUAGGUGGGUAUAGGGAUUGUCAAGACCAAAACCAAUGUUUGACAUUAAAGCAUCUAUGACAUUAUUUUUCUCAUGACUCAUAAAAGUAAAGAAAUGUGUUUUCUAAAAACGUAUAGUUGGAGGCCAUGGAUAGCAAGCUAUAGCAUUUAAAGCCCCGACAUGUGUGGUUUACCACUUGAUUACUCUGUACCCCAGAGGCCUUUUGCAGCAGUAUUUUACUAUAGCCAUCACAAAAGCUCCCCCAUACACCACUGCAGACAGAAAAUGUUGGCAGAAGAGAUAAAACUGCCAUAAUGUGUACAAAGCAGUAUGAUUGAAUAAACGUAUGUAACGUCAA